AUGUCUAACAACGAGAAGCGGGGCAGUGACGACAAGCCCGCAAAAACACACCGCAACGACGCCAAUUCCUCCCCAGGUACCAAUGAACGCCCAAACAGCCCUUCUCUAGCCAGUCGGAUCCAGAACUCAGCUUCGGGACUCGCGAGGAAUGUCUUCUCCACCCCUGGCUCGUCAGCAGAUACCGCCCAAUUGCUGGCUAACAGCGGUAAGGCCGGGAAUUCAUCGUCCCACUCGGCACUAGCAGCGGCCCAGCAGUAUAGGGAAAGCUCUACCUCUGCCUCGCCUUCGACUCGAGAGUCUUCGAUAUCUACCCCUGCCGAAACAUUCCGGUCAUCAUCCACCGUACGAACCGGGGGGUUCGAUCUCCCUCCGCUUACAGAAGAUGAAUUCCAACGUACUUACGGCAUGGAAUCCUUCAGCAGCAACAAUGACAGCUUCAUCUCAGGUCUAAACGCGGAUGAGUCCAAGGGUAAGGGCAAGGGACGAGCGACGGACAGCGAUUCUACCAACCCUGUCACGUCCGAUCAAAGGGCUUUGCCCGACCAACCAUCUCUCCUGUCCUCCGACGGCGACGCAGUCGUAUCCCUACUCUCUGACCAUACCUUCGAUCCCGAGUUCCCUCCUACAGCCGACGAGCCCGCUGAAAUUGUUGAGACCGAGUUGUCGCCUGUACAACUUACACCCACAGAAAUACAAAUGAUCGAGUCCUUCCGUCGUCUUACACCCCCAGCUGCGUCCGCAACCCCCCAAGACACAUCCGCCCGCAACCUGACAUCCCUCAGCCUGGUUCCAGAUAUCGGUGAUUUUCUUGCCACGGUCCCAUCGGGAGGUAACUCGGAUGCAGCCACGCUGCGAGAUAACGUUUUGACGGGUCUACCCGGUGCGGCGGAUUGGCUUACUGUCGAGGAGCGAUACCAUGAUGAAGUCUGGGGCUACCUGCGCCCUACAUUGGAGGCUGCCGCCAAGGAGAUGGAGUCCAAUAAUAAUACCGGAAGAGCGGAGGAGGGGCCUGCUGUACGACGGUUGAAGAUGAUCCUCAAGCACAUGCAGCAAUGA